GCUCCAUCCCCUGCUCCUUCGAGGGACAGUCGCCUCUGCGGUGGCCACCAUGGCCUUGCGGUGGGAGGAUUAUUUCCUGAUGGCGCUGGGGGACAAGCCGCCGGGGAAGAUGCCGGACCUGGAGGCCCACUUCCCCAACUCGGCUAUUCGCCUGCUGGAGAAGAAGCAGGAACUGGUGGAGACGGACCAGGCCUUGCAAGCUCAAAAGGAGGAGUUCCAGGUGAAGAUGGAAAGCUGGAAGGAGCGCCAGGCCGAGCUGGAGCUCAAGGAGAAGGAGCUGAAGAACUCCAUCAUCCGCUUCGACAAGUUCCUCGUGGAGGAUGCGGGAAAACGCAACCGGGCCCAGGACAAGGCGGCCCGGGAGCAGCAGAUUGCAGGCCGGAAAGAGGCCGAGGCGGCGGCGCUGCGGGAGGAAGCGUCCCUGCUGCGGAGGGAGAAGGAGCGGCUGAAGCGGCGGCUGGAGGCCUGCGGCCCUUUCGUGCAGUACCUGGAGCGGGUGCUGGCGUGGACGGGCCAGUUCCAGGAGGUCCCCGAGCUGCUGGCCCGGUUCGGCGGGCUGGUGGCCACGCAGGCCUUUCUGCUGGGGCGGGAGCAGGCGCAGCGUCGGGAGGUGGAGCUGGAGCGGCUGCGGUUACACCAGUGCAUGGAGGAGCGCAGCGAUGAGAUUCUGCGGCACAACAACCAGCUGGCCCAGCUCAGGACCCAGCUCGAGCGAGCCCGGGCCCGCACCCUCAAGUGGGAGGCGAAGUGGACUCGCAUCCAGAACACUGCCGCCCGGAAGACCCUGCUCCUGGGCCAGAUCAAGAUGGCGUCGUUCAGCCUGUUCCAGCUGGUGAGGAGCCACACGAAGCGGCCGCCGCAGGUGCCCCUGGAGGACACGGAGGGGCAGCUGGACAAGGUGCAGCAGUACAUGAAGGACCUGUCCGAUAUCCUCGCUGACCUCCGCGGCGGCCGACCCGGACCCCCGCCCCACUAGACUCCCUCCAACCCCCGGAUGAGGCACCCACGGCUGCCGCGGCUCCUGGCCGGGACCAGA